GCUGGCGAGAGAGAGUUAACAAGCCCACGCGCACCCACGCCGCACACACGCACACACACACACUCAUGCACACAAACAUGGCAGCACAAACACGCACACACAAACCCAAGCACAGACAGGCACACCCGCUCCUAGCGCCGCCGCCGUUGUUCACGCACCCAGCCCAGCCCACAGACACACACACACACGCACACACAAGAUGCAGCGAACCAAACAAAAAAGCCAGCGAAUUUUGUCCCUCUCCCCUUUCCGCAAACCGCCUAGCCGUUUCACAUCUGAAGCGGCUCGCUUGGCACCAAGGGAGGCUGAGAUACAGAACCGCGUUCUGUAAAUUAGCCCUCCCUAUCAUGCCCCAUGUACCUGAGGAGCGCGAGGUCCUCGAGAUGGAUCUGCCUGCGCCGGAUCCGAAAUUUUGCAAGGCCGCUAUGGCCGACGACUGCACUGAUGAGCUGCAAAGAUCCGCUCUGCCCUUGGCCUUCUCCUGCACGUCAGGCACGCGACGCCGGGCCGGAAAAGAAACGAGCCUGAAAUAGGUAGUGCGACGACGACGACGACAAAUAAUUCAUGAGGCUGAAAAGGCAAGUUCCAUCGGUGGCCGGGUGGCAGGGGUUCCAUUGCGGGGGCCGGCGAAACGUCUGGCCGCGCGCUGUCAACCCGACCGUCUUCUUCGGGCAUGGCCUCUUCGACUGCCUUCACCACGUCACCAACCACCCGCCAGUCUUUACCUCUCCAGGUCGCUGCCCAAGUCCAAGCAGUAGCACUCGGACGUAUGGCAAACCCAAGACUCCGCCGAAAGUACGAGUCCGGGCGGCCUUAACCUGGUGGUGCUGGUGGAGUGUUAUUCCCGACAAUCUAAGUAUUGUAAUGGUGCCAAAUACCCAAAAUACCGUUGCGGAAG